AUGGUAGAAGUCCCUGAUGCAGUAAAACCACAAAAGUGUUUAACGACUCUAAUGCUCCGAAGGAGUCCCAGGACAAAAAUGAUAGAGAACGAACUUUUUGAGAGACUCCGGUUUUUACGAAUCAUAACCAUAAAUGACACGAGUCUUGAGAGCCUUCCAAACUCUAUAGGAGAUCUUUUGCAUCUGAGAUAUUUAGAUCUUGACCGGACGAAAAUCAAGAAGGUGCCGGAGUCCAUUGGAUGCCUCAUACUCCUACAGGUAUUGAACCUAUCAGGUUGUGAAUCCUUGCAUACUCUCCCUAAGGCCAUCACCAAAUUGUGCAAUCUAAGAUGCCUUCGUCUCGAAGGAACUCCAUUAACUCAUGUGCCUAAAGGAAUAGGCAAAUUAAAACAUCUUAACUAUUUUCGAGGAUUUGUGAUCGGCCAUGAUGAUAGAAGAGGCGCGGAAGAUGAUGAGGGAUGCGAUCUGGAGGAGCUACAAUCUCUAUCCCAGCUGAGAUUCCUGGAGAUAAACAGAUUGGACAGGAGAGAACCAAGGGGAGCUCCAGUACUUGCAAACAGCAACUUUCUGAGGACACUGAUUUUGAAUUGCCAACACCUUCUUGAAGAUGACGCAGAAGCACUUGCAAUCCAGAGAAUUGACAAGAUUUACAAUGAGCUUUCUCCUCAAUCCACCCACCUACAGAACCUUCAGAUUCGUAACUUCUUUGGUAGUGGAUUUCCCAGCUGGAUGAUGUCACCUUCCUUGGAUCGACUUCAUUUCCCAAGCUUGAAGAGCUGGAAUUUUGCAGGAUGGACAACCGGGAAGAAUGGUCGUUUGGUAUGGUGGAGGGGGGUUGGUGAAGAAAGAAGAGGAGCCCCCAAGUUGCUGCCUUAUCUCAGCAAGUUGGGUCUUGGUGGAUGUCCCAAGCUGAGAUCUCUUCCUCCACUAGGCCUGUUGCCCCAGCUGAAAUCCCUUUGCAUUGUGACAGCAUAUGCAAUCAAAACUAUCGGACCUGAAUUUCUUGGCCCCCGUGCAUUGUCAGCAGCGACUUCAUUUCCCAAGCUUGAAGAGCUGCAAUUUUAUGGGUUGAAGAACUGGGAAGAAUGGUCGUUUGGUAUGAUGGAGGGGGUUGGUGAAGAAAAAAGAGGAGCCUCCAAGUUGCUGCCUCGUCUAACGAAAUUGGUGCUUUAUCAAUGUCCCAAGCUGAGAGCUCUUCCAGAUAUUAAGAACCUUCCCUCAUUAAAAUCUCUGAGAAUAAUGAAUUGUCCGAGGUUGGAGCACGUGGAGAAUCUUGAUAAGUUGCAAUUCUUGGAAGUACGUUUAUCUUCUUCCACAGAGACAUCCACCACCGAUGCUGAUGGACAGACAGAGCGCCUCCCACAGUGGUUAUUGGAGCUACUCCAAAAUGCUCCGACUGCUAUGCAGAGUCUUAAAGAAUUUCAACUAAGAUGCAGCUUACCAGUCCUCAAGACCUUCCUCAAGGACGGCCCCAACUGGCCCAUCAUUCAGCCGAUCCCCCAGGUCACGAUCCAAGAGUAUUUGCCUGCAAAUCGCAGGCCAUCACAUAUUCGGUAUACCAAGGACCCUCCCACCUUCAAAAUGCAUAUAGAGGAAUGAGAAGAAUUAGAAGAACCAGAAGAAUCGAACAACUGCUAAAGCAUCCUCUCUUAUGCAAGUUACAAAUGCUCGUAGAACAGGUGGUUGAGAUGGGAAUGUCUACCAGGAAAAUGGGAUCACUGCACUCGGCAUUUUUACCUUCUUUUUUAAUUAUUUGAAUCUCUGUAUUGGACUUUCUGAUUUCUUUUUCCUAGCGUUAUGAUGACAGCUGCAACUUUCCUAGUGUGUUGAAGACAGUCAUUUGCUUGAGUGUUUUUUUUCAUUUUUGGUGAGUGUAACUAUUAAGAAUUGGUUUGUCCGCUAUAGUCGUCUUCCGCUUUGUGUUGUUGUAACACAAUCACGAAGAUUCUGAAUUUUGUGAAGUACCCAACCCAUUCCCCGUUUCUGCUCAUAUUCUCUGUUUUUAUGGCACUCGUUCAAGGAAUAUAAGAGUUCUAUGAAGUUUUUGU